CUCUCUCUCUCUCUCUCUCUCUCUCUUUCCGUUUCUCUGUCGUGCAGUCACACUCUCACUGGAUCUGUCUUUCUCUCCGGCCGCCCCGGCGCGUUCGUUCGCCUCGCCGUCCGCUCGGCCGCUCGCUCGUUCGUUCGUCUCAUCGUUGGUUUUGCACCUCAUCGGCGAAGUCGCGUCACGAAAGUGGCCGCUGACCAGAGGUCACGUCGACCAGGUCGCACGUACACGCCACGUACAGCGGAGACUCGACCCUACCUGGUGAACGCUCCACGGCUAGACACCUCUGCGCGCAGCCGGAGGACGAGUGUCGGUCGCGAUCGCGAGAGAAGAGAGCAGAGAUGGUCGCGAGUGUCCGGUGACGAUACGUAUCUCUAUAUAUAUACAUAUAAUAGCAAACGUCGGUAGUACAUUCGCGCGCAGAGAGUCGACAUUGUCGAGAGUGCCGGGGAGAAUUUCGUUCGUCCGGAGCAGCCAGCUGUUCGCGUUCCACGGCGGAAGCAGCACGAGGAGAGGCGAACAGGACGACGGAAAGGACUAUGUGCAGUGCAGACAUGUGGCUGAAAAGCGUGCUACUAAUAUGUGGUGUCAUUGCAUGCGCGUUGGCUGACAGCUCGUCGGAUAUCGCGCAGAUAUCCGGCGACAAAUUGGCUCGAGCGAAAAAUGUAGCAGUCACGACGUACCAACCACCUCGAGCCAUCCCGAUCGAAGAAUUCGUCACGUCGCACAAACUGCCGGAAAACGUGGCGAGACCAUCGGAGGACGAUGAUUACGAUGACUACAUCGAAGAGAAGAAAGUCGCGCUUAAGGACAACAAGCACUCCAAAAAAGUCAUCCCAAAGUUCGAGAACGUCGACAAGAAGCUGGCUGUCCUCGAGCCUGUCAGGCGUUUAGACUCAGCCUCAGAGGAGGACGACGUGGAGAGUCUCACCGCUAAAAGACAAGCGCGAGUAGAGCUCGAGAAUUUUAGCGACACUGGAAAGGUCUUGCAAGAGGAAAGGACAAGAAGAGUCGACUCUAGGAGACCGCGUCCGACUGAACAGGACGAGGUUAUUCCGGGAGUCUACGUCAGCGCUGAAUAUCCAACAACGAUGCUACCGAUCCUGACUACUCCGCGCGAAGCACGCGGCAAGGACAGCUCUUACGAUUUCGUUCCCGUGAACAUCAUUCGCGAAGAUAACAAGGAUGCCUUCGCGCGUUUCUCCGACGCGAAUUUCGGCGACUUGAGCGAUGUGAGCUUGGUGCCGGCCGGUACAAAUUCUCGUAUUCAGGUGAAGAAGGGGCCGAACGGCAAGGACUACGAAUACGAGUAUGUUUAUUAUUACUACGACGAGGAGGAUGAGAGUAAAGCGGGUACAGCGGGCUCGGCUGUGACGAAUUCUUACGACAUUCCUUCCAGAACGACCUCCGCGCCCAGGCGAGGCGGCACCGCCGGCAACAGAAGCAAGUACAACAGCGUGGAGAGGUCGAGCACCGUGGAGCCCAGCAACAACGAGGUCAUACCGAACCGAAACGGUAACAGAGGUAGGCAACUCGCCGAGACCGAGGAUGUCUCCGAGGAGAGACUGCCAGCGAACACUCGCUUCCCACCGAGAUCGCGGUCGAAUCACAACACAGGCACCACGGAACCCUCGCGAGCGCGAGGCAAUCGGCCACGGCCGAGCCUGGACCUGGUCGACUCCAGCAGCUUCCGAACUCAUCAGGAAGGUCCCGAGUUCCCGCCAACCUUGCCGAAAGGCCCGGUCAGAUUUCUCGGUGUUACCCCUAACGAGGAUAACGAGGAGAAACCGCUGAUCAGAAGCCGUGGUAGACCGCAGCGGGUUCAAGAGCCGGCACCCGUCGAGGAAGCGCUGGACGACACACCGGCGCCUGCUAAUAGAAGACGUCCGACCUCCACCGCAGCGCCCGAGGCUGGAGUAGAGCUGAGCAGAGGUCAGCCGGUUCGCUCCAACGAAGAAGAGCAAGAGGAAGAAGAAAUGGAGGAAGACGAAGAGAAGGAGAUCGCCGCGCCGGAGAAGCCCGGCGUGAAGCGCGUGUCCUUCGAAGACAAGACGCAGGAUUCCGGCGAGACUGAGGCCACGCCAAUCUCCUCCAGCACCGCCGUCGACACCACGGACAAUCCGACGACGGAAUAUCCGUCGGCCAUGGACAAGGUCGCCCUAGACCUGUACGCUUUCCUGCAGCAGGGACAGAGCAACCUGAUAGACGCGGCCAGCAGCGAAGCAGGAGAGACAGGAGACAGCACGACGCUUCUCGACGACGAGCUUACGACCGACGACGCCGCGACGACGACGACGACGACGACGACGGAUUUCGCCGCGACUACGAUCGCUACAGAAUCCGCGAGCACCACGACCACCACGACCACCACCACUACCACCACGACUGAGCCGACAACCACAACUACCACGACCACGGAAGCACCGACCACCACGACUCAAGCUCCCGCCGGAAGAGGGAAAUUCCGACGACCCGGCAUAGGCGGCCCGGCUGUCUCGAGGAAUCGCUUCAAGUCCAACGGUGCCAGCACGACUAGCACCGAGGCGCCUGCUUCGGAACCAACUCAGAGAAGUCGAACGCGUUUCCCUGGUAACGGUUCGAACGGCGGCGGUGGCUUCAAGCGACCUCGACCAGCCGGCAACCACAAGCCCGUUGAGGAGGAUACCGUGCAGAAGGAGACGUCCAACACAGCGAACGCGGAGAAGCCGUCCGCCGUUCGCAACAGAUUCCGCGCACCCGCUGGAGGCCGAAGCGCCGCUUCCAGCACGGCGUCGCCGCCGUCGCCGCCGAGCGGCGCUUCGGCGACGUCGAACGGCGCCGGUGGAGCGGCCCGACCGACCUUCAACAAGCUGAACAUCAACCGCAGACGCGGACGACCCACCACAGCCGCGCCGGCGGGCGAAGAGACCCAGGAAGCUACACACUCCGAAAGCGGCCAGACUGUCGCCCAGGUCGCGCCGGAAACCGCCACCACUUCCGCUCCAAAGACCGCCGUACGGGCGAGACUUCCCGGCGCCGGUCCUGCCAUCAGACCCGCGAUCAGACCGGGCGGCAGGGUGAACCUGAGGCAGAAACCGGGACAGACCACGACCACGACGACGCUCGCGCCGGAAGCUGCCGACGCAUCCGUCGAGGAGCCGGCCGGAGAGGGAACCGAGGAGGAGACUCACGAGGCACCAGCGGAAACCAGCCCGCCGCCAGCGCGAGCUACCACGCCGAAUCCCUUAAAUAAGCUUCGCAACCGCAACCGACUGCAAGUGCAUGCAAAGGCAACGACGAAGGCGCCGGCGGUGCCACCUUCAAUCAGAAGAUCACCGUUGCUGCCGCGACGCAAGGUGACCGAGGCGCCCGCAGCUCAGUCGAGCCAAGAGGAUGUUGCUUCCGAAGAAGAGGUCACUUCCAGCGAGGCGGAGCCGACCGAAGCGAUCUCCGCCGAGACUAGCACAGCGGCCAGCACGAAGCACGAGGAGACACGAGGUCUGAGCGGCCUCCUGGCUCCUCGACGCAGGAUACCGGUCCGACGUCCGGGUCAAAUAGUCGCUCGGGAAUAAAGAAUCGUCGCGCGAUAACGAGUCCUGGACGAGUUUGGGGUCUUGAACGAGUCCAGAGGAUCCGGGAGAUUCAUUUCAGCGACAAUGAGAUGUACGAGAAUGGAGGAGGGUAAACUAGGUGUCCUGUUGCUCCUUAGAGACCUACUAGACGCCGAAUAUUAUUCGUAGAGAGGAACAUGUCACUUCCUCGUUCUCUCUCUCUUAUUGUAUUCUCUUCUUUUUUAGUGUCUUUCCUCUACGACCAGACAGCAUCUUAUGCGUUAUGACGAAAAGAAAAGGGUGUACAUAGUGCCGUUUGCAAGGGUAGCUCUUUUUGAAGGAUCACGUUUGUAAUAGUACUCACUUUGAUCGCACUUGAAACGGCGUGAUUGAGACAUGAUGACAUUACGACGGGGCAGCAUUUACACCGAUAUAUUACGUGGCAAUAGCAAACUGAGACGAAAGAAUAUUUUCGAAAGAUAUUUCGCAGGAUAUUUCGCGUCGCGGAGUAUUCUCGAAAUACUCUUCAAAUAUUCUCAGAUUAUUAGCGAAAUCUCAUUUAGCUAUCAACGACAUUGGAUUUGUAAUUAUCAUCGAGCUUUGUGCACAAACAAAAAUAACAAAUGAAUACGAUAUUCGACUCGGUUUUCCGAUAUCUCAAUGUUCCGCACAUAAUUUCCAGAAGAAGUAGAUUUCCCUGUAAUUUCAUAGUUGCACGUGUUACUGGAGAUACGCAUAAACUUUGGUUUAAUUAUAGAUGAAGGUUGAUGACUACUAAUGUUAAUGUAUAGUAGAGACGCGUAUAACGUAUACGUACAUUCAUAUAUGAAUUUAUAAGCAUUCUAUUUCUAUUUCCUAACACGGCGAAUUGCUUCGUCAAUCGAGAACGAACCGUCGAUCGAGAAAGAAAGUUGGAAAGAGUACUGAUACCAAUUAUUCUUUUCUCUGCUAUGACAGAAUAAUGGUCGUUUACUUCUUUUCUUCAUCGUUUACUUAGAUUAGAACUAAAUUACAAUUAGAAUUUAAUGUUUACUUAAAUUAGAAUAUCAAUCGUGAAGAGUGGUAGUUUGAAU